UCACCUUGUUUCCCUCUCAGGAGUCGACUCCUUGAUUGUUUGAAAUCGAUGGGAGUGCGCGACAGACCCAUCUUGCAUUGCAGCAGCAGCUGAGGACGCAUCCAUCUGUAUGCCUGAAGAAACAAGAGGCGUUUCCAUUUCCAAUGGAUCGCUCGGCCUGCAAAGUCAAAUUGGAGUUCAGAAGUGAAGUGUAAUUGGUAUCAUUCCCUACCUUGCGGGCUUCUGCACCUGGCGAAGCACCUCCGUUUCUUUGCCUCUCGCUUCCAGAGGCGUCGAGACAGUCUGCGGUACCCUGUCGUCAUUUUUGCUGAUCGCAGGGAUACUGGCUGCUGGCGAGAGUGCUGUUGGUGCGCCAAGAGUGCCUCUUGAGUCGAUCGAUUGGUUUGCAAUAGUAGGUGAAGAUGCCUCCAUGGGUAUUACCGGACGAACAGCCGUUUCCGAUGGGUGGUUCGGCCUGAAAAGCCAAGUCAGGACACCGGGGAUGUUCAGAAGUAACACACCAUUCGAAUGAUGGCUUACGUUGCCAGCACUGGCCCCUCUGUCUCAGACAAUGCCGCUUGUUCCUGUUCCCUCUUGCCCAUAUCCGCGCCACACUCGCUUGCAUCAGCGGAUGAUUGGACCAGGUAUGCUGACAAGCGGUUGUCAGACAUGUCAGAGGGCGCACGUGAAGACAGUUGGGCAAAAUCCCCCGCGGGCACGUCAAGCCUGCGGAUUGUUGGCGGCUCCUGCGGCGACGGAGGUAUCAUGAGCUGCAUCCUGGACAAGACAAAGAGAAGAAAUGGGCUCCAAAGUUCUUCCUUCCUCGGUUUGCCUACCCUGGCUGUUGCCUGCUGCUGUCUUUUCCAUCUGCCUGCAUCUCCGACUCGACAACAGCCGAGUGCCCAACAUCAGCCGCCAUGGCACUCGGCUUAGGAGAGCGCACCCAUGGCACAUGUGAGCUGGAAGCUGGCGGCGGAUUCUCAGCAGUGAACUGGGGAGAGGGUUGUAUUUCCACUGCAUGUUCCGCUCCCCCGCCUUCAUCUUCUUUUGCCCUGGCGACUCUGAGCAGGGCCUGCUGCAUGAUCAUCUCGUCGUGCUCUCGGUCAGACACUUCACUGGUUUGCGCGUCUCCAACGUAAGCCGAGAGGCGAUUGUCGGAAAGGUCCGAGGGCGCUUCUGACGUCGCACGGGACGCCCUCAUCGGUACUUGAAGUAGGUUGCGCCGCCCCUUUUCCGCUUCCAGUCUUUCGCGCAGAUCCGGAUGGGCACUGAAUCGAGCAAAAGGACGCAGAGCUGAUGAGUACCAGCAUCGCUUGCACCCUUCCGUACCUGUCCAUCAGCAGCUUCAUGACGUGCUCCUUGUCCCCUUCUUCCUUCACCCUGCUCAGAGCAGCCGCUUCACUCACACUCACCCUCCUCCCCAUGCCACUUCCCGCAAAAGGAGCGUCGCCCAUCCAUCCACUGACGCUGUGUCUCGCGAGGGUCCUCCUUCUCGCAUCGGUGACGGGGGAGGGACCUGCAGUUGCGUCAUCUGCCAGGGGCUGCAUUGCGUAUGACAUGUGACGCGGCUGUGAUGGCGGUCGGGAGGGCCCGGGAGAGGACAGUGCUGACGUGGAAGGGCUGUUGCGUUGAGAACAUGUCUCGAAAUACGAAAACUGUGAAGCAGGAGCAAAGAUGUGUGUGAUUGAGAGGUGCGCCUGUUUUUUGUCUUCUCGUUCAGGUCACCCUUAGCUGUUGCCAUCGCCUUGCAAGCCUUGUCUGACGAUACUUGGCCUGCCAAUCCUCUGAUUCAUCCUACCAGGAGACACACGGACUUCCUUCAUUGAAGACGAAGCCUUUCUUUCGCCCACCCGGCUGUCGACCGUGUCAACGUCCGUCUCUUCCUUUACCGUCGACAUCCUCCGGUGUCUCAUCGCGGAUCGAGGCCGGGCGUCGGCUGUGUGACGGCGGGUCGAAGAGCGACGGAAGGGCGGAUGGCUUUCACCCUGCAGGAGAGAAACAAAAGGUACACGUCAUUCAUUGGCGCAAUCGGAUUUCGUCUCACCUUGGUGGCAAGCUCCAUCAAUUGGUCCAUCCUUUUCUUGACGGCCGACGAGAACCGCCGAGAGUCCUCCUCGCCGUCCUCCUCUUGCUCGCUGUCGUGGAACAGGGGCAUCGAUUCCAGCAGUGUGGACGACGGAUGGCGGGAGGGAUUCAACUGGGCGCGGAGCGAGGCAAUCUCGAUGUCUCGAGACACCUGCAUCGGCAGAAAACACCCGGGUCUGUGCAAUUGGGUCUGUGCCAUGGCAGUGGCCAACAAGCACACCUUCUCGGCGACGAGUCUCCUGUUGAAUGCCUCCAGCACCCUCAAACGGUCUGACACGUCGGCUGCCAUGAUCUCCAACUCACCCUGUUCCGCAUCCAU